AUGAACAACCAUUCCAACAACAUAUCGCAUCUCUCUGCGGGGCUUCGGAACAUCCAUCUGGCGUCCGACGACCAGCAUCUCUCGCAGAAUGACCAUUUCUAUACCAACAGUCUUCAACAAAGGCAAUUUAUGUACCAACAACAGCAGCAACAACAGCAGCAACAACAGCAGCAACAACAGCAGCAACAACAACAACAGGAAGAAGAACGCUCUGAAUUACGAGACUUUUUCAGUAGACCGUCGCCAACAGACGGAUUCUCCUUGAUUACACACAAAUCUGCUCCAAAUGGAUUCAAAAUAGCCAUUGUACUCUCCGAAUUGGGCUACAGCUACCAAACUAUUCAUUUGGACUUCAACAAAAACGAUCAUAGGUUGCCGCAGUUUCUACAGUUAAACCCUAACGGGCGUGUGCCGGCCCUAAUAGACCAUACAAACAAUACGAGCAACAACCCCACAUCCACAUCCACAUCCACUUCGACCCCCAUCCCCCCAUCUACAAGUUUGAGUUCGUCGGUUAAAAUACGAAAUACAAACAACCCGAUUUUGUCAUCGCCAAACAACAUCUCCUUGUGGGAAUCCGGAUCGAUAAUCACUUAUUUGGUAAAUAAGAAAAAAAUCGACGAAAAUAUAUGUCCCUCCAUUUGGAGUGACAACUUGGUUGAGCAAUCUCAGAUUCUGUCAUGGUUGUUCUUUCAGACAUCAGGACAUGCGCCAAUGAUUGGACAAGCACUGCAUUUCCGCUAUUUCCAUACCGUCAAUGUCCCCUCGGCUAUUGACAGGUACACCGACGAGGUGAGGCGUGUCUAUGGGGUCUUGGAAAUGGCUCUAAGUGAGCGUCGUGAAACCUUGAUUAUGGAACUCGAUUCAGAGAAUGCCGAAUCGUAUUCCAUGGGGUUGACACCAAUCUCUCAGUCGAGAUAUUUCGAUUCCCCCGUUUGGCUAGUUGGCGACAGGUGUACAAUUGCAGAUCUCUGCUUUGUCCCUUGGAAUUAUGUUGUCGAUCGAAUCGGUAUUGAUUUGAAGGCCGAGUUCCCCGAAGUUUACAAAUGGACAAAGAGAAUGAUGCGCAGACCUGCCGUUGUUAGAGCGUUGACGGAAAACUAG